AAUUACCUGAUCCUGAAAGUGACAACGGCGAUUCUCAUAUGACACUAAAGGAAUUAGAACAAAAGUGGAAUAAUCUAGCUUUAGGAACUCUCAGUGAGAACCAUUUACAUUCACCAACGCCGUCUCAUAAUUAAAUAUAGUGUAUGUAUUGUACGUAUCUUGUAUUAUAGAUUUAAAAAUGGAGUUUCCAAAUGUUGGGGAGAGAUGUUCAAUCAAAGAUUGCAAACAAUUAAAUUUUUUACCAUUUGAAUGCAAUCAUUGCCAUGACUUAUUUUGUAAGGAGCAUUUUCAUAUAGGUUCUCAUAAGUGUCUAGGUUUGAAAGAUAAGAUCACAUACACCAAAAUAAGGGCACCAAAUUAUACAUGUUCAGAUGAAUCGUGCAAAGAAACUUCACCCAUUGAAAUGCAAUGCAUCAAAUGUAAAAAACACUUUUGUCUACAACAUAGAUAUCAUGGUUGCCUGGAAUAUACUAACGAAGAAAAAACAACAAAGUUGAAAAAAUGGCAAAUUCCAAAAAAACAAUUUGCUGAAGCAAAAGCUAUAGUAGAUCAAGAAAUUUCAGAUACUUUAAAGAAAUCCAAAAAUACUACAAUGGCCAAUAAAGUAAGACUUAUGCGUGUAAAGGGUUCUGCUGUUGGUUCAAAAAAUGUACCAGUAAAUGAAAGAUGUUAUUUUCUUGUAUAUCCCCCAACUACAAUAUCUAACAAACAUAUAGGACCAUCUAAAGGUAUUUAUGUGAACAUGAACUGGACAAUUGGGAAAGCUAUAGAUUCAAUAGCUGAUAUAUUAAAAGUAUCCAACAAUAAUAAUGUAGCAGGAGCAUCUAAACUGCAAUUAUUUCAUCAUAUAACUGGUGCAGUAAUAUGUAAUGAAAUGGAUACACCAUUAAUAAAAUUGCUUGAAAAUUCGGAACUUAUAGAUGGACAAAGUGUUAUUUUAGAAUAUUCAGAUAGUAUGUUUGUAGAUACUACUUUAUAUAAAUAAAUAUUUACAAGAAGUAAUAACAA